AUGAGUGUCAAUAGAUUAGUCCACUUGUCCAAAUCUGUUCAAAUCGGAAAGCGGCUGCUCGCCUGUAAUGUGAGGCAUGCUGGGAAACAGGCGCUUCAUCUUCAGCAGAGGAGGACUUUUAAAACUCAGUCAAGAAACCUCGCUUAUGCCAAGGAUUUGUUCCUCGGUCAGGUGAACAAGGCUGAGGUGUUCCCUUAUCCGGAAAUUGGAAAUGAAGAAGUGGAGGAGAUCAAGCAGCUUGUUGCACCAGUGGAAAGAUUCUUCAGUGAGGAAGUUGACUCUGCAAAGAUUGACCGGGAAGCUAAAAUCCCUCCAGAGACUUUGAAUGGGCUGAAGGAGCUGGGGCUGUUUGGAAUCAUGGUCCCUGAGGAGUAUGGGGGUCUUGGAUUGUCCAACACCAUGUAUGCACGACUGGCAGAGAUCAUCUCAUUAGAUGGCUCUAUAGCUGUAACAUUGGCUGCACAUCAAGCCAUUGGACUGAAGGGGAUUCUGAUAGCAGGGAAUGAAGCCCAGAAGCAGAAGUAUCUGCCCAAACUGGCCUCAGGAGAACACAUCGCCGCUUUCUGUCUGACAGAGCCUGGAAGUGGAAGUGACGCAGCCUCCAUUCAGACCCGUGCAACCCUGUCAGAAGAUGGAAAGCAAUACCUGCUCAACGGCUCGAAGAUCUGGAUUUCAAAUGGAGGCAUGGCAGAUGUUAUGACAGUGUUCGCCCGCACCGAGGUGGAUGUAGAUGGUGUGAAGAAAGAUAAGAUCACUGCUUUUAUCGUGGAGAGGGCUUUUGGGGGCAUCACCAGCGGCAAGGCUGAGGACAAACUGGGCAUCCGGGGCUCCAACACCUGUGAAGUGUCCUUUGACAAUGUCCCGGUGCCAGUGGAGAAUGUAAUAGGAGAAGUGGGUGGUGGAUUCAAGGUUGCCAUGAACAUCCUGAACUCGGGGAGGUUCAGUAUGGGCAGUUCCUCGGCUGGAAUGAUUAAAAAACUUAUCGAACUGACCGCAGAGUACGCUGCAUCCAGAAAGCAGUUUAACAAAAGUCUGUCUGAGUUCGGUAUGAUUCAGGAGAAGUUUGCAAUGAUGGCUCUUAACGCCUUUGUGAUGGAAAGCAUGGCGUACCUGACAGCAGGGAUGAUGGACAGACCGGGGCUUCCAGACUGUUCUCUAGAGGCUGCCAUGGUCAAGGUGUUCAGCUCAGAGGGAGGCUGGAUCUGUGUCAGCGAGGCUCUUCAGGUGCUUGGCGGUCUGGGUUAUACAAAGGACUACCCCUAUGAGCGCUAUGUCAGAGACUGUCGCAUCCUGCCCAUCUUUGAGGGCACCAAUGAAAUCCUGAGGAUGUACAUCGCUCUCACUGGAAUGCAGUAUGCUGGAAAAGCUCUCACAGGGAAAAUAAAGGAGAUGAAGAAAGGAAAUAUAGGCUUGGUUUUCGGCAUGGUGGGCAAGAAACUGAAGAGCUCAUUGGGAGGUUCGGUGGACUUCGGCCUGACGGGAAAAGAUGGAGUGGUGCAUCCCAGCUUGGCAGAAAGUGCCAAAAAGUUUGAACAGAAUGUCAGCCUUGUGGGAUCGACUGUGGAGAGCCUGCUGUACAGAUAUGGAAAGACUAUAGUGGAUGAACAGCUUAUCCUGAAGAGAGUAGCAGAUGUGAUGAUCAACCUCUACGCUAUGACAGCUGUCCUGUCCAGAGCCAGCCGCUCCAUCAGCAUCGGCCUCAGAAACCACGACCACGAGGUGCUGCUCGCAAACACAUUCUGCAGUGACGCUUUCUUCAAGAACAACUACUUGAUGACUCAGUUGCAAAAGCACUCUCCUGAGAACAACGAUGCCAACAUCAAGAAGAUUGCCAGGGAGGUCUUGGAGAACAGAGCCUACAUCUGCUCUCACCCUCUAGAAAGAACAUUUUGAGUUCUCCCAUGUGACUAUAAUACGGUCUCCUCCAUUCUGAUUGGACGAUAUGAAGUCCCAAUAAGUUGUCAUUACCCUUUUCAUUGAUACUUCUUUUGCUUAACAUUAUUUGAACACUUGAUUAAUAAAUUAACAGUUUUAUGAUUUCA